AUGGAAGGAUUGUACUUCAACAUUGAUUAUGGCUACCUUGAAGGUGUAGUUAGAGGUUAUAAAAGCGGACUAUUGGGAGGUAGUCAGUAUGUUAAUUUGACACAAUGUGAUAAUUUGGAUGAUUUAAAGCUUCAGUUGUCCUCAACAGAUUACGGUAAUUUCAUGGCCAAUUACAAUGGACCCUUAUCCACUUCUGUGAUACAAAGCUAUCUUUGUAGGAAGAUGUAUCAACAAUUUCAGUAUUUGAAGAGUCAAUCUUCGGGAAAGUUGACCAAGUUUUUAGACUACAUUAGCUACGGGUAUAUGAUUGACAAUGUAUCGUUGAUGAUUACAGGCACAUUACAUGAGAGGGACAGAUCAGAGAUAUUGUCCAAGUGUAAUCCGUUAGGCUGGUUCGAUACAUUGCCAGCUCUAUCUAUUGCGACAGACAUCGAGAGUUUGUACAAUACGGUUUUGAUCGAUACUCCGUUAGCCCCUUUUUUCAAGAACUGUUUAACAGUAGAUGAGUUGGAUGACUUAAACAUCGAAAUUAUCAGAAAUAAGUUGUAUAAAAAUUAUUUGGAAUCAUUCGUCGAGUUUGCUGAAACUGAACUCUCAUAUCCUGAUAAGGACAUUAUGACUAAUUUGUUGAAAUUUGAAGCAGACAAGAGAGUAAUUAAUAUCUCUUUGAAUUCCUUGAUAAAUCCAGAGUUAACUGCAGAAGAUAGAUUAUCUUUGUUUCCCUCUGCUGGGCGCCUUGAGGUGUAUCAUAAUCAAUUGUCCCAAAUCGAUGAUGUUGAACAAUUAAAGCAGAUCGUGGAAUCAAUUGGCGAGUACAAGGACUUUUUCAGCGAAACAAAUACUAGCGAUUCUGGGGCAGGCUCAAAGAACUUACAAGACUGGUUCUACUUGUUAGAAAUGCAGUACUGUAAAAAUGCCUUUGCUCAGCAGUUUACCGUGUCUGCCGUUUGGGCUUGGCUCCGUUCUAAAGAGCAGGAAGUAAGAAACAUCACAUGGAUCGCUGAAUGUAUUGCUCAAAAUCAAAAGAGCAGAAUCGAGAACUACAUCUCCGUUUUUUGA